AUGAGGAAAAAAAUUGAUGGCGAGAACGUCGACGCCAAUGCCAAAGUGGAAGAAUGGCUACAGGAUAAGAAUUCAAAAGCAGGCAAUUCGGAAAGCUGUCCCACAGGUGAGGAGUUUGACGGCGAACAGCAAUCAGAUCACGAUAGUGAUGAAUCUUUGCCAUCGGAUAAAGAAGUAGGAGCUGACGUCGACAAUAGUUUCAACCCGAGGAAGCGAUCUACCCCGAAGACUGAAAAGCGGCGAAUAACCAGUAACCAGUAUACCUGUAACCUGUCCCGCAAUCAGAUUGCCGCCCGCCAGGUUGUCCCAAAGGAAUUGCCAAUGUUUAAUGGGAAUCCUGAGCAUUGGCCGAUGUUUUUUGCUACCUACGAGAGCACGACGCGAAUGUGCGGACUAACUGACGACGAAAACAUGCUUCGUUUAAGAAACUGUCUGCGUGGAGAUGCGCUUGCCGCGGUACAAAAUUUCUUGCUUCACCCGUCGACAGUCGACAAGGCGAUGAAGGCCCUGAAGCUGCGCUUUGGACAUCCACGAUAUAUCAUUCGAGUGCUGAAAAAUAAGAUCAUGUCACUACCACCGCUGAGAGCUGACUCCAUUAAUAAAAUGAUCGACUUUGCCUUUUCUGUUCAAAACCUUGCAGUAACGAUCAGCGCAUGUGGUACAGAGGAAUACACACAGGAUAUGUCGAUGGUGGAUGGCCUGGUGGAAAAACUCCCUGCGCCGAUGAAGUUGGAUUGGGCCAGGCAUAGCAAACGCCUUCGAAAGGUAAACAUAUUAAGUUUUAGUGAUUGGAUUUUCGAUAUGGCGGAAGAUGCUAGCAUCGUAGCUGAUCCGCCUACAAUGCAGGAACACUCCGCGAGUAAGGAGACACGAAGAGGUACAAAGGAUUUUGUAAACACUCACGGUGAAUCACAAACGAGCAGAAUGAACCCGCCUGGUUUAGCGAAAAGUGACCAUCGUGCAGUUACGUCAGCUGCGACGCAGAAUCUCAAAUCAAUGCCGUGUGCCGCAUGCAAAGGCACUUGUGCAUUCCUUGCAAAAUGUAAGCGUUUCUUGGAUCUCUCGUACGAUGCGAGGUGGGCUGUAAUCCGUGAAGCAAGGACAUGCCGUAAAUGUUUGAGAAGACACAAAGGAGGAUGCGUGUCUAAAGAUUGUGGUGUGAAUCAGUGUACCUUUAAACACCACCCAUUGCUACACAAGGAACUGCAAGUGAAUUCGUCAAUAGCGCUUGGUUCACGACGUGAUGAGCAAUCAUGCAAUACUCACCGAGGUGGAUCAAGUUCAGUCCUGUUUCGCUACAUUCCGGUAGUAGUUUACGGAAAUGGUAUCUCGGUUCACUGUUAUGCCUUUUUAGACGAUGGAUCGUCGCUAACCCUUGUAAAUCAAGACCUUGCAGAUGAACUCAAUAUUUCUGGGGAUCCCCGUCCGCUAUGUCUAAAAUGGACCGGGGGCACACACCGCUUCGAAAAGAAUUCAAGCAGUGUAAACUUCGACAUCUCCGGUGAAAAAGGAAGGCGGUUUUCACAGAAUGACGUCCGGACAGUGAAGGACCUUCAGCUACCGUCACUAUCACUCGAUGUUGAGCAGCUUCAAACUGAUUAUCGGUAUCUUCAGAAUAUUCCUCUAGAGUCGUACCAAAACGUUAGACCACGACUACUAAUUGGUGUAAAACACGCGAAUGCUACCCUUGUUAGAAAGAGUCGUGAAGGGGAAUAUGGUCAACCAAUAGCUGUAAAGACUAAUCUUGGUUGGACAGUUUACGGUGGAGCUACAGCUGAACAGACAAUGAAUAUGCUACAUUACACGUGUCACGUUUGCCAGUGUGACCACGAAAUUGAUGAUACCCUACAACAGUCUAUGAAGGAAUACUUCAAUAUCGAUAGUUUGGGCAUCAUGGGACCUGGAAAGGAAAUCCGUUCCCUUGACGAUGAACGAGCUCUGAAACUGCUACGAGAACUUACACUCUUCGACGGAAAAAGGUACGAAACCGGAUUACUCUGGAAACGAGACGAUAUCACACUCCCAGAUAAUAAACAAAUGGCUCUAAAACGCUUCUACAGUUUGGAAAGUCGCAUGAAGAAAGACCCCGACAUGGCACGUAUUCUGAAGGAUAAGAUGGCAGAAUAUGUGUCAAAGGGCUAUGUACGGAAACUCACAAAGGGUGAACUAAUGAAAAGUCAUGAACGUUCCUGGUACUUGCCAGUGUUCCCAGUCACUAAUCCCAAUAAGCCUGGCAAAAUAAGAUUAGUGUGGGACGCCGCUGCCUCGUCGAAUGGAAUCUCACUGAAUUCUGCCUUAUUGGCAGGGCCAGAUCUGCUUACUCCAUUAACAUCGGUCCUGUACAAAUUUCGAGAGUUCCGGUUUGCAGUAGCUGGUGACAUAUGCGAAAUGUUUCACCAAGUACGCAUUCGCAGUGAAGACCAGCAUAGCCAGAGGUUCUUGUGGAGAGACCACGUUGGCCAAAAGGAACCUAGCGUCUACGUGAUGGAAGUCAUGACCUUCGGCGCAUGUUGCUCCCCGGCAAGCGCACAAUUCACGAAGAACCUUAACGCGAAACGUUUCAGUGGACAGUUUCCAAUGGCUACUACUGCAAUAAUAAAAAACACGUACGUAGAUGACAUGUUAUGCAGCUUAGAAACUGAAAAGGAAGCGAUAGACCUGGUGAAAUCGGUUUGCUUCGUUCAAGAACAAGGUGGAUUCGAAAUCCGCAAUUGGAUGACCAACUCUCCAGCAGUUCUCUCAGCAAUUUGCGGCACUGGAAGAGAGGAAAAAAGUCUUGACUUUUCGUCGAAUUUAGCCACAGAAAAGGUGCUUGGGAUGUGGUGGAACACCAAUAGCGACUGUUUCACCUUCAAGUUGAAUCGGAUCAGACUAGGGCAGGACCUGCUGGAAGGGAAACGCUGCCCUACUAAACGGGAGGUUCUACGUACUCUAAUGUGUAUCUACGAUCCACUGGGACUCAUCGCACACUAUCUCAUAUUCCUCAAGGUGCUGCUACAGGAGAUCUGGCGAACGGCCGUAGGUUGGGACGAGCAGAUUAACCAACAAUGCUUUGAAAAAUGGCAAAUGUGGAUAAAGCUACUCCCUCAAAUCGAAGACUUGAGUAUAUCUAGAUGUUACAGACAGACUACCUCAGCCGAUACUGGAACAGAAAUCCAACUUCACACCUUCGUCGAUGCUGGAGAAAAUGGUAUGGCAGCAGUAGUGUAUCUCCGUUACGUCGACGGAACAACGGUCGAAUGUACGCUGGUUGCUGCCAAAACGCGGGUGGCACCGCUCAAGUACUUAUCAAUCCCUAGACUGGAGCUUCAAGCAGCUCUCAUCGGAGCAAGACUCGCAGAUUCUGUCGUCCGUGGUUUGUCCAUCAAAAUAAACCGACGUGUCUUCUGGUCAGACUCACGAAACGUGUUAUCCUGGCUGCGCUCUGAACACCGUAGGUACAGCCCAUUCGUGGGAGCACGAGCCAGUGAGAUACUAGAGUUGACAGACGCUUCCGAGUGGAGAUGGGUUCCAACAAAGUGGAACAUCGCCGACGAAGGCACUAAAUGGCAACACCAGCCCACCUUAACUAACGACAGCAGGUGGUACAAAGGACUCGGGUUCUUAUGGACAUCUGAAACUGAUUGGCCAGAAAUGCCUUUCCAAUUGGAGAGUACAACUGAAGAGCUCCGUGCCACUGUCCAUGUGCACUUUGAAAGUUCCAACGCAGUACUACCAGCGAACAACUACUCAAAUUGGAGACAUUUGGUUCGCGUCACCGCGUAUGUUCUUCGUUUUGCUGACAUACGCGGCACGCGAACGGUCGGAGUUCUCACUAGCAAAGAACUUCGCCGAGCUGAACAAUUUCACUAUCGCACAGCACAGCACGACAGCUACCGUGAUGAUCUUGCGAUCCUGACAGUUAAAGACCAAAAAAACGCUAUUUCGAAACGAAGCCCACUCUAUAAGUUGAAUCCUUUCAUCGAUGCGGAUGGAAUCCUGAGAAUGCGCGGUAGAACAAUAAAUUGCGAGUAUGUACCAAUGGAAGUGAAAUGUCCCAUAAUUCUUCCACGAGAUCAUGCGGUCACCAAGCUGGUCGUCGAGAGUUACCACCAGAAGUUUCACCAUCGAAACAACGAGACUGUCAUUAACGAGAUAAGACAAAGGUUCAGUAUUUAUCACUUGCGCAGAGUAUAUUCUAAGGUCAGAACUGACUGCCAACGGUGCAAAAUACGGACGGCUCUACCACGUCCACCAGCUAUGGCGGACCUUCCCAGAUGCAGGCUAGCCGCAUUCACUCGCCCGUUCACCCACACUGGUGUGGACUAUUUCGGACCAAUGGAAGUGGCUGUGGGACGACGGCUAGAGAAGAGAUGGGGAGUUCUCUUGACAUGCCUUACUGUACGCGCCAUUCACAUAGAAGUAGCAAGCUCUUUGAAUACCGCCUCGUGUAUAAUGGCUUUACGCAACUUUAUGUCACGUCGAGGUACUCCAGCUGUCUUCUACAGUGACAGAGGAACCAAUUUUAUCGGCGCGGAACGUGAGUUAAAGGUAGCUCUCCGGGAGGUUGAUCAAGAUGCGAUGAUGCAGGAGAUGGUAUCCUCAAGUACAUCCUGGUGCUUCAACCCCCCCGCUUCUCCUCAUAUGGGGGGAAGCUGGGAACGAUUGAUUCAAACCGUCAAACGGACCCUGUCGGAAUUUAAUUUGUCUCGACGACCGACAGACGAGGAGUUGAGGAACGCGCUAAUUGAGGUCGAGGGCAUCAUCAAUGCACGGCCCCUAACCCACGUGCCGAUAGAAGAUGAAGCAGCCCCCGCGCUGACCCCUAAUCACUGGCUGUUAGGUACUUCCAAUGGUUCCAAGCCGCUAACAUUGUUAAACGAUAAUUCGGUAGCAUUGAGGCGCGGUUGGCACGUGUCGCAGAUGUUGGCCAACAGAUUCUGGCGUAGAUGGCUUCAGGAUUACCUUCCAGAAAUCACUGGCCGUUCCAAAUGGCAUCAAAGAGUCAAACCAAUAAGGGAAGGCGACAUCGUGUUGAUUGCAGAUCCAGAUCUUCCGAGGAACUGCUGGCCAAAGGGGCGCGUGAUUGGAACCGUCAACCGGGACGGUCAGGUACGCAGAGUGACGAUCCAGACGAAUAGAGGUGUCUACGAGAGACCGGCAGUGAAAGUAGCGGUGCUCGAUGUAAAGUCCAAGGAAGAGUUAGCCAACCUAGAGACGGAGUUGCCGAACUGGGGGGGAGUGUCAUCGAGCCCCUCGUCACUGAUAAGUGAUAACGCUGCCAGCUCAGCCGGAAAGUCUACCCGUUAG